AUGGAUCUGAACAAAAGUAUCACCUUCGCCGAAGGAGUCGAUACUAGCGAGGUUUUACCGCAGGUAGAGAAACUACUUGAAGAUGGAUGGGUUCUCAACGAGGAAGGAAACGGCCUUAAGAAGCGUUUCCAUUUUAACACCUUCACCAAAGUCAUGGACUUUGGGAUCUGUAUCGCUAUCAAAAGUAAACGAGUGAAUCACCAUCCGGAAUUGACGUUGAAAGCCGGGACUGUAGAUGCUUUCUGGACAACACAUGUUCCUCCUGGGUUGUCUAUGAAGGAUGUGAGAAUGGCGAAUUACUGUGAAGAUGCGGCAAGGGACAUGGUUAUCCCGGUUGAGCAAAGCCAGGCGAUGGAUUGUUCUUCGAGGGGAUAG